AUGCGCAGCGGAACGAAGCGCGAGCGGAACAGCGCGUCGCCGUCGGCGUCGCCGUCGCCGAGACCGGCGAGCGAGGCGCGCGCGCGCGCGCUCGGGGAGGGGUGGGACGCGUUUGAGGUUGAAGUGGCCGCGGGCGAGGGCGAGGAGGGGAGCGGGCGAGACGAGGGCGAGGGGUCGCGCGGGGAACGCGCGGCGGGGACGAGCGAGCGCGGGACGAGCGAGGAGGGCGAGAACGAUCGACCGAGGGAUCUGUACGCGGUGUUGGGGGUGCCGUUUGACGCGACGGAUUCGAAGAUUCGAAGCGCGUACUUAAAGUUGGCGCUCGCGAACCAUCCGGAUAAACACGGGGGCACGGACGAAGCCAAGGCGCGGUUUCAAGACAUCGGCCGGGCGUAUCACGUUCUGAGCGAUUCAGAUCUCCGGGCGGCGUACGACGAGGCGGCGGAUUUUGAUAUCGACGAUUUUGGCGUGGAAGAGUACCUCUUGCGCUUCAGGACGUUCGUGUUGACGACGCAGGGGUUGAGUAUCGGCGCGAUUGGGGGAGAGGAAGACCGCGAGGUUCAAGAGGAAAUCGCAAAGUUUCUGAGUCUGGGAUGA